AUGAAGCUGUUUCUUUCUGUUGCCACCACGGCCCUCCUGGCCGGAGGUGCCCGUGCCGUCAAUCUCCGUGCUGCUACCCCUCGUGAGGCCGCCGUCGAAGGCACUCAGUCAUCUUUUGCUUCUCAGGCCGCCUCCCAGCUCGCGAAGAAGAACAAGAGAAAGAAGGGCAAGAAGUACAGCCCUUCGUCGGACAGCGAUGACCCAAUCAUGCAUGGACAUCUACAAAUUGGCCAUGUUCUCGACGUAUCCUCGGCCGAUGCCAAGGCCGAUAUCGACCUCAUCGAAAGCGCAUUUGUCAAUGCUUACAACAACGCCAAUCCCAAUGGCAAGUAUGAAGUCACGUCCAUGACCUUGGAGCGCGAAGUCGUCAUCCCCGAAGAUUUGGAGGCCACUCUGACCAGUAUCAAGGGAGAGAACGUCGGACAAUUGCGUCCAGGAGUGUUCAUUGACUGGUACUACUUCUUUGGAUUCCACUGUCGCUUGUGCCGUGACGAUGACGACUACGCCGCUUUGUCCGCUACCGAGCUUCCCGUUCUCGAAGCGAGUGCUCACCGCGUCUUUGAAGACCAAUUCUGCCUCACACUCCACCAAAGUGGAUUGGAAGAAUAUUCGGCUCUCGCGGACUGCUCUAUCCUCUUUGACUACGAUGGAGACGGCAACGAUAUCGAUAGCGGCGAUCAGCUUGAGCUCCAGAAGAAGAACAAAAGAAAGAAUAAGAAAAAGGGUAAGAAGAAGCACGCCAACGACGACAAGGCUAUGGAUGGCCGCCUCCUUAUCGGCCACGUGCUCGAUCUUUCCGACGUGGAUAGUCAGGCCGAAAUUGAACUCAUUCAGACCGCGUUUGUGGACUCCUACAAUGGAGCCAACCCUGAUGGCAAGUACGAACUCACAUCCAUGAUCUUAGAGCGUGAACGAAUCAUUCCGGAAGAUCUCGAAGGUGCCCUUGCUACCAUCAAGGGAGAGAAUGUUGGGCAAUUACGUCCCGGAGUGUAUAUUGACUGGUACUACUUUUUUGGAUUCCACUGCCGCUUGUGUCGCGACGAUGACGACUAUGCUGCUUUGUCCGCUACAGAGCUUCCUACGCUCAGCGUGAGCGCUCACCGCAUUUUCGAAGAAAAGUUCUGUGUUUCUCUCAAAGACAGCGGUCUGAACGAAUACAGCGAAGUUUCUGAGUGCAGCAUUAUCUUUGGCGGAGACGGCACUUACGAAAACAUUAUCGAAGAAAAGCAGUAA